AUGAAUAGUGCUUGUAUCAUACCCAAAAAAAAGUAUUAUUUAGAAUUUCAUAAAAGUCAUGUAUCAGUUAUUAAUGUUGAAAGUUAUGUAAAAUCGACAUUAAAAAUAACAUAUUCUGAAGAGUUAAGUUUAACGAAAGAAAAGGAAUAUAUUGAUAAAAAUGUUAUUGAUGAAUAUGAAGAAAAUAAUAGAUUUUGGUUUUUUGGAUGUUUAGGGAUAAUUAAGGCUGAUAAUAUAAAUUUUUUAGUAAUAGUUUCAGAUGCUGAAAUAGUAUCCUAUUUAUUUAACCAUGCAAUUUAUAGGAUUAAAAAAAUAUCAUUUAUCCAACUAAAUGAUGAAGAAAUAAGCAAAAAUGAAUGUGGAGAUUAUGAAUAUGAGAUUUGUCGUUUGUGGAAUAGUGGGAAAUUGACUAGAGUGUGCGAAAACCUUAAGGGAAUAAAGUGUAGUAGUAGCUAUAACGGUUUUUAUAAAAGAAGAAAUAACAAGAAUGAAUUAAAUAGAGGUCAUUCCUUUAAUAAUAAAUUUGAUCAAAAUGCUAUAUUUUUGAACAAUCAUGUUUCAGGAUAUAGCAAUGAAUCUUAUAUACAUAAAUUUAAAAAUAGUAAUUUAAAAAGAGGGAUUUUAGAUACCUUGAAUUAUUUUUUCAGUGCUUUUAACAAAGGACCAUUUUAUUUUUCCUAUUACUAUAAUUUAACAGUAUCUUUACAAACAAAUUAUAUAAAUGAAUCGAAAAAAGGAAAUAACAUUGAUGCAAAAAUGAAAAAUAUGGUUAAGAGUUAUAUGAAUAAUGAUAAAGGUAUUAAGGAUGUUUUAGUUUUUGAAAAAGUUCGUUUUGAUGAAAUAAAUCCAGAAUAUGCAUGGAACUGGAAAAUCAUAGAUAGCUUUAUAAAAGCCAAUGGAUAUGCUUUUGUUAUAUUUCCGAUACAUGGGUAUGUCAAUUCGAUUGCUUUGGAAAUUAAAAAAAAAGACGAUACAAAAUGUGAGGAUGAUGUAAAUAAAAUCCACAUCUUUUUAAUAUCCCGAAAAAAUAAGAAUAGAGGUGGAGUGCGAUUUUGGUGUCGAGGGGGGAACGAAAAAGGGGAAGUAGCAAAUUUUGUUGAAACAGAACAAAUAGUAAUUUCUAAAGAUAUAAAAGAAACAAAUAUUUUUAGUUAUAUUAUAAUAAGAGGAUCUAUACCAGUUUUAUGGUCUCAAGAACCAGCAUUAAAUUUAAGGCCCAAAAUAAACAUAUGCUUUGAUAUGAAUAAAAAUAUAAAAACGAUAAAUUUGCAUAUGGAAAAAUUAAAAAAACGAUAUGGUAAAAUACAUAUUACAAAUUUAAUAAAUAAAAAAUUUAAAGAAAAAUAUUUAGGGGAACAUUUUGAAAGAUGUUUAAAAGAAUGCAAUGUCGAUCAUAGUUAUAUUUGGUUUGAUUUUAAUAGUGAACUUAAAAAUUUUAAUUUUGAAAAAUUUCAAAGUUCGUUAAAAUCUAUAAUUAAUGAUUUGAAAAAUUACUCGUAUUUUUUUAUUACUAUUCCUAAUGAUAAAAAAUAUAAUUUAGGACAUGGAAAAUUUUAUAAAUCAUGGUCAUCAAUUAAAGUUAACAAUUUUCAAAAUGGAGUAUUUCGAGUUAAUUGUAUUGAUUGUUUAGAUAGAACAAAUGUUUUUCAAAGCUUUUUGUCAAAAUGUGUUUUAUUUUUACAAUUAAAAAAUAUAAAUAUAAAUAUAGCACAAAAAAAUAAUUUCCCUUUUUAUUUUUUUAAAAAUCAAUAUCAUGAAAUGUUGUAUAGAAAAAAUUGGAUAAAUAAUGCAAAUGCUAUAAGUAUAAUAUAUAGUGGCUCUGGUGCAUUAAAAAAUGAUAUAACUCAAAAUGGGAAAAGAACUAUAUCUGGACUUUUUCAAGAUUUAUACCAUACUAUAUCAAGAUAUAUUAACAAUAAUUUUAGAGAUGGAUAUAAUAAUGAUUGUAUAAAUAUAAUAACAAAUGAAAAUAUAAAUUUUCAAAAUUUAUUUAAUAAAAAAAUUAAAUAUAAUAAAAUAAUGAAUGUAAUAUUUGAAUUUAUUGUUAUUUUUUCAACCUCUAUAUGUACUAAUCCGAUACAAAAUCUUUUAAGACGAUUGUAUUUUUUUUCACAUAGUGUUACUCAUUCCACUAUAUCACAAAGUAUUAAUUAUAUAUUUUUUAUUUUAAAUAAAAAUCCACAUUUAUUUGUAUUCCCUUUUAACCAAGUACAAUAUAUUCGUCUUAUAUCUAUAAUAUCUCAAGUUUCAGGAUUGUUUUUUACUUCUUUUUUUGUUUUUUUAUUUUUCUGUUUUUAUGUUUUCACACAAAGGCGCCGAGUUAUUUCAUUCCCAAGGUUUGAAUCACAAUAA